UCACAUGAAUGUCAGACAAGCAUUGAAUAACCGAAAAUCUCUCCUCCUUUCUUUCUUUUCUCCCACAAUGGUGACCUUAAAGGCCUCUUACAUGGUGAAACCAGCCAAGGAAACACCAACUAGGCUCAUGUAUUUAUCAGAAUUUGAUCAAUUUGAUACCAUAACUCAUUCACCUACUGUUUACUUCUAUCAACAAUCUGGUGAGUUGAUUCUAAAUGCAAUAAUACAUACUCUAAAAGACUCGUUAAGCAAAGCAUUGAUCAUGUUCUACCCUCUCGCUGGACGCCUCCAAUGGAUUGCUAGGGGUCGCCUUCAAAUUCACUGCAACUCCAUGGGUGCUGAGUUCCUUGAAGCAGAAUCCGAAGCCAAAAUUGAUGACUUUGGGGACUUCUGUCCGAGUUCAAAGACUAGAGCACUCAUACCAUCAGUGGACUAUGACAGACCAAUUCAUGAACUACCAUUGCUUUUGGUUCAAGUCACCAAGUUUAGUUGUGGUGGAUUUAGUCUUGGCUUGGGUAUAUCACAUGCCCUUGCUGAUGGUGAAUGUGCAGCUCACUUCAUCUCCGAGUGGGCUAGAAUCGCUCGCGGUGAAAAACCAGAGAACUUCCCAUUUCUUGAUCGAACAAUCUUACAACUUGAGGAUCCUUUGCCAAAAACAAGCUUUGAUCACUCAGAAUUCAAACCACCACCGCUCUUAAUAGGCCACUCGAACAACACAGAGGAGCGAAACAAGAAGACCGUCGUGGCUAUGCUAAAGCUAAGCAAAGAACAAAUCAACAAGUUGAAGAGCAAGGCUAAUGAGUAUCGAAAUAGCGAGACUAGUACUAACCGCGCCUUUACAAGGUAUGAGAGUGUUACUGCUCAUAUGUGGAGGUGUGCAUGCAAGGCACGUCAGCAUGAAAGCGAGCAACUGACCAACAUUCGUAUCGCUGUGGAUUUUCGUAGCCGUUUGCAAUCAUCAUUGCCUAAGUGGUAUUUCGGUUGCACUGUCUUGCCAGUAGUAACAACCCCUACCUCAGGGGACAUUGUGUCGAAACCAUUAGGUUAUACCGCGGAAAAGUUAAGAGAAGGUAUAGAGAAGGUGACAGAUGAAUACAUAAGGUCAUGUUUUGUUUUUCUGAAAAAUGAACCAGAUUUAUCCAAGUUUCGAUUCUUUCAUACUGUUGGAAGUAGUCAAGGAGCUUUCUAUGGGAAUCCAAAUAUGUCCGUUACUAAUUGGACUAGGCUACCCUUAUAUGGGAUGGAUUUUGGGUGGGGAAAGGAAAUUUGCAUGAUACCCGGAGCAAUCGGAUAUGAUGGGAAGGCAUUCAUCCUCCCUGGUCGUAAUGAAGAUGGUUCUUUUCUUAUCCCAUUGCGUUUGCAAGUAACACAUAUGGAUAACUUCAAGAAGUUCUUUUAUGAAGAUAUCUAAUGUCAUGUUAAUGAUUACAGAAAGUCUAUGACUCACAAUUAUGUGGUCUGUGUGUGUGGGCUGCUGUAGUGGCUGCUGUUGCUUUUUAUGUGUAAUGUAUGUUGUUGCUAUUUCUCUGCUUUGUUCUUUUAUUCCUUUUUUUCUUUCUUCUUUCCUCUCUAUUAAUGUAAUCUCAUAUGUAAUGUAGGUAUGUUUUCUUCAUC